AUUCCAAUUAUCCACAGCUCAUUGGCACUGCCACCGACCAGGUACCAACCACCAAACCAAUUCUGCUGCCUCCCACACUCGGCAAAAUCCACUCAGUCCACAGACUUUCUACUCGAGACUUGAGAGUUGAGAGGGACCCCCGUUUUGGCCAUCUCAAAGAACCGUCACUCCAGAUUCUUCCAUUUUCCAUUCAGUUCCCAUCCUCCACUCCAAUGGCCUGCUCAGCGGCUUCAACAGCCUUGCUUUCAUCAUCAACAUCCCCAAACCCCCCGAGGCCUUCCAUUUCUCCCAAAUCUUUUUUAUCCUCUCAAACCCUAUCCACUCCUUCCUCUUUCAAUACCCUCCGUAAGUCCUCGCCCUCGUUCUCCUCCUUAUCCCAUGUCCCCUGUUCCUUCUCUUCCCGCUCUUCCUUCCCCAAUCGCCGAAGUUUCGUUGUCCGAGCAGGAAUUGCAUUGAGAGGGCUUUUUAUUAUCGACAAGGAAGGAGUUAUUCAACACGCAACCAUUAACAACCUUGCAAUUGGCAGGAGUGUUGACGAAUCAUUGAGAACACUGCAGGACCAUGUCGCUAGCGGUUCAGUAGCUACAAUGCCAGAUACCCUCCACCACCUUUCCACCUCCUCCUCCAUCACUCCCCCUUUCAUCACCCCAAAAUUUCCUUCGCUUUCCCGCCCCAAGCACGCCCAUUUGGCCCCUCCUCCUCCGCAACCCGAUUCCAAUUCCAUCUCCAUUUCCAUCCCUUCCACCGCCCCCCCAUCAUCCAGUUCCCAGGAAAAUAACAACAUUGCCCCUCCUCUCAAAUUCCAGCUCCUCCAGGAGAAACUCCUGUACUUAGACUCCCUCGGCCUCGACUCUCUCUACUGCCUCGCUGCCCACUCACCUAUCCUUUUUACUCCUCUCUCCCAGAUCAAGUCCCUCGUCAAAUUCCUCCACUCCCUCGGCCUCACCACCCCUGAUCUCCGCCGCGCUUUUUCCAUGUGCCCCGACCUUCUGGCCACCCCUCUCAGAACCGUCUUGAGACCCGCCGUUACUUUUCUCCUUCGGGAGGCCCACGUCAGCGGCAAGGAUCUCCGCCACGUCAUCAACCGCCGCCCCCGCCUCCUCAUUUGCAGCGUCGACCGCCGCCUUCGCCCGACCCUUUACUUCCUCCGAGGUACCAUUGGCAUUGACGAUGUCAGCAGGUGCGCUCCUCUUCUCUCCUGCUGCGUCGAAUCAAAGUUCAUCCCUCGUCUCGACUAUUUUUUGAAACUUGGGAUACCCAAAAGGGAGGCCAUUUCGCUAUUUCGGAGGUUUCCGUCCCUGUUUUGUUACAGUAUAGAGGAGAAUUUAGAGCCCAAAUUCAAUUACUUCGUGGUGGAAAUGGGAAGGGAGUUGAGGGAGUUGGUUGAUUUCCCACACUAUUUUUCGUUUAGCUUAGAGAAUAGGAUAAAGCCAAGGCACAAGAUGUGUAUGGAGAGGGGGGUGUGUCUGUCAUUGCCUGUGAUGUUGAAGUCUUCGGAGGCCCGAUUUAUGGAUAGGUUGGAAGUCUGUUGUGAUUCUUCGGUUCCUUUGGCAACUUCUCCAUUGUGGUGCAAAAGGGUCAAUCUUGAUAUUGAUGUAACAUAGGAAAAAUCAUAGUCCUGUAUACAUUCUCUACUGCACUGCACUUGUAUCUGCUUACAACAAAAUAAGGAAAAGUAAAUACGAAAUUCCAUUUUUUUGCUGAA